AUGGUGAGGAUCCAUUAUGGAAUUGCCGCAGUGGCACGCCGCAGUGGCAGCACCGAGACCGAGGCUGAUCAGAACUCCAGAUCCAUGUUCUCGACCUUGACCACCACCGCGACUUCGCCCGCUCAGAUGCCUCUCGUCGACCCCGUUACCAUGUCUUCGACCGUCACAAAGACAACAAAGGCUCAAUCAGUCUCUGGAAAAUCCAAUGAGCCCCCACAACUGCAUCCCGUCCACCUCGAAUCCACCACCGCAUCCCAAGCCGCCCGCCAUGUCUUGCCCGUUGCUACGGCGAGCCUCUUCCUCGCCAGCUUUAAGCGCCUUGUCGCUGACCCCGUCCCGACAAUGACGGCUUCGCUACCUGUCAUAGCACUUCUGCAGGUUCUCUACGCCUUCCUGUGCCUCCCCGCUGCUGGGUCCGGCUCCCCCAAGAACAGGAAGCCCAAGCCCGGUGAGAAGAAGAAGGCCGGCGACGGGUCCGGCCCCAACUUCAUCAUUGCUGCCCUUCUAUCCCUCCUGCUCUCGUUGAUCCUGACGCCGCUGCUCCACGUCACCAUGAUUCUGUUCGGGGCGCCCCUGCUCACCCACGUCUCCCACACCUUCCUCUGCGCCGCCCACCUGUCCCUGCUGACUGCAUUCCCUCUGUUCUACUGCCACGGCGUGGACGCGAGCACAUGGGCUGCCGUCGCUGGGUUCAAGGCCCCGUUCGAUGAGACCUUUGGCGGGCUGCUGGGCGGGUUCCUCGGCGCCUGGCUGGGCGCCGUGCCUAUCCCCCUGGACUGGGACCGCGAGUGGCAGAAGUGGCCUGUGACCAUCCUGUCUGGCAUCUACGCUGGCUACGUGCUCGGACGCGUGCUAGGUGGCACAGUGCUGUUUGGGAGGCGCUUUUGA